CACCUGCGGACAAGAGAAAUGCCUUUCGCUAAGUUGUUUAAGAGGCAGAGGUUGAGGAUCUUCUCAGUCCUCCUCAUGGGUAUGUUCCUUACCUUUGUCCUUUGGGAGACUGGCUCCAACAGGCACUCAUUGCCUGAUAUGAGAAUACCACAGCAGUUCUCUGUGGACCUGCCUGGCUGCUUGGCUAUCAUCAGUGGAAAUGUGGACGGUAAGAAAGAUGAUUUAGAAGUGCUUCUGGGAUCCAGGAAAAGACAGAAACCUUUAUCGGAGGACUUCUACUUGAACGUGACAAAGGACUGUCCAUCUUACAUUGACAAGAGAGGUUUCAUCACAGAGCCUCUCAGUGAAGAGGAGAAGGAUUUUCCCAUCGCCUACUCCAUGGUGAUCCAUGAGAAGAUUGAGAUGUUUGAGCGACUUCUACGAGCUGUUUACUCUCCUCAGAACAUCUACUGUGUGCAUGUGGACCAGAAAUCCUCUAAAGAAUUUCAGAAGGCUGUGGAGGCAAUCGUUUCCUGCUUUCCUAAUGUGUUUAUUGCCAGUAAAUUAGAAAGAGUCGUCUAUGCCUCAUGGUCCCGAGUGCAGGCAGAUUUGAACUGCAUGAAAGACCUUCUGGACUCACGCGUCCAGUGGAGGUACCUGCUGAACACCUGUGGGACAGACUUCCCCAUCAAAACCAACGGAGAGAUGGUUCAGGCACUGAAGGUCCUCAACGGGAAAAACAGCAUGGAGACGGAGGCCACAAAUGACUACAAGAAAACCCGCUGGCUGUAUCACUACAAUGUAACGGACUCUGUAGUAAAGACAGAUGUGAAGAAGAGUCCUCCACCCAUUAGCAGCCCAAUGUUCACAGGAAAUGCUUACUUUGUGGUCACGAGAGCCUUUGUAAAACAUGUGAUGGAGGACAGAGAGGUUCAGCAACUCCUGGAGUGGGAGAAAGACACAUUCAGCCCUGAUGAGCACUUGUGGGCCACCCUACAGAGGAUGCCCUCUGUUCCUGGAUCAAUGCCUGCCAACGACAAGUACGACAUGUCAGACAUGCAAGCCCUCGCUCGUGUGGUGAAGUGGGGCUAUUUAGCAGGAGAUGUGAAAAAAGGAGCCCCGUAUUAUCAUUGCACUGGCACAUAUAGAAGAUCAGUUUGUGUGUAUGGAGCCGGGGACCUCCCGUGGCUCCUGAGACAACACCACCUCUUUGCAAAUAAGAUGGACCCUGAGGUUGAUGAUAUUGCUAUUAGAUGUAUGGAGUCAGUUCUGCGUUUCAAAGCUUUAGGCCAUGACCCACUGUUAAGGGAUGAAUACUCCACUAAUUAAAGCUGAUAAUCAUUUGAAAUGUGAAAUAUAGAUUGUCUCAUUGAUAUGCUGUUGCUGAUGUCACAGCUUUGGUCACCGUUUACUUCCAAUCAGGUAUCAAGGAAACUACAAGUUUAACAGUUAUUAGUUUAUUGUUUUUGUUUUUUAAGGUUUCCUUGUCAGCUAUUGCACAACAGAAAAUAUAUUUGAUUUACAAUGUUUACAUUAUCAAGUUUGAACUGGUCUAUAAUGUAUUAGAUAUGUCAACAUUUUAUAGAUAAUAAUGGGUAAAUAUAUUCUAGCAAUCAUAUUCAUGUAUUCUAUGUUAUAUUGUUAUGGGUUUUAUAUAUUAAAAUAUAUGUGCAAUAAUAUAUAUAUAUAUUGCACACAUGUACAUAUAUAUAUAAGCAACCAUAUUAAUGUAUUAUUUCUGUCUCUUAAUGACAUUUUUAUAAAUUAUUCUGUGGCUGUUGUUAGUAUAUUGUUGUGAUCUUCUGUAUUCUCCCAUACGUUUUUAACAUUUUUAUAUUAUUGUCAAGUUAUUAAUAUGGAUGUUGUAAUUUCUGAUAAUACUCCUGUCCUUUAUUCAUAUGAUUUCAAUUUAAUCUGUAUUUGUGAUGCCAUCUAGUGGACUGUAAGUGGAAGGUGUACAAAGCAAAGUUUGGUAUUUAUUAUGUGAAUGUUGAAUAUUUCUUUUGUAACCACUAGAAAACUGUGACCAAAUGUUAUAAAAACCCCCAAAACAAAACAAUGAUGUGGAUCCAUGACUUUACUUGGAGAAAAUGUU